AGCAGAGUUCCCGAUCUUCUGAGGCAACUGAAGAUGAAAAGGACCAGCGCACAGUGACAGUCAACCCCUCUCACAUGAGAAAGGCAUUCAAGGUCAUGAAUGAAUUACGGAGCAAGCGGCUCCUCUGUGAUGUGGUGAUUGUGGCCGAAACUGUGGAGAUGGAAGCCCACCGCGUGGUCCUUGCGGCCUGCAGCCCUUAUUUUUGUGCGAUGUUUACAGGAGACAUGUCUGAAAGUAAAGCCAAGAAGAUUGAGAUAAAAGACGUUGAUGGGCAGACCCUGAGGAAGCUGAUUGAUUACAUCUACACUGCUGAGAUCGAGGUCACGGAAGAGAAUGUGCAGGUUUUGUUGCCAGCUGCUAGUUUAUUGCAAUUGAUGGAUGUUAGAAAAAACUGCUGUGACUUUCUUCAGUCCCAGCUGCAUCCCACAAACUGCCUUGGAAUCCGAGCUUUUGCCGAUGUGCACGCGUGUACCGAACUGCUGCAGCAGGCAAAUGCCUAUGCAGAGCAGCACUUUCCUGAGGUGAUGCUAGGAGAAGAAUUUCUUAGCCUUAGUCUGGACCAGGUUUGCAGUUUAAUAUCAAGUGACAAGCUCACAGUCUCCUCUGAAGAAAAGGUCUUUGAAGCGGUUAUUUCUUGGAUAAAUUAUGAGAAGGAAUCUCGCUUAGAGCACAUGGCUAAACUGAUGGAGCAUGUUCGCCUACCCCUUUUGCCCAGAGAUUAUCUUGUACAGACAGUUGAAGAAGAAGCUUUAAUCAAGAAUAACAACACCUGUAAAGACUUCCUUAUCGAGGCCAUGAAAUAUCAUUUGCUUCCUCUGGAUCAAAGGCAACUGAUAAAGAAUCCUAGAACAAAGCCGAGGACUCCCGUUAGCCUGCCAAAGGUGAUGAUCGUGGUGGGUGGGCAAGCACCCAAAGCCAUUCGCAGUGUGGAGUGCUAUGAUUUUGAGGAGGAGCGGUGGGAUCAGGUUGCUGAGCUUCCCUCCCGGAGAUGCAGAGCAGGUGUGGUAUUUAUGGCUGGCAAUGUUUAUGCUGUCGGGGGCUUUAACGGAUCUUUAAGGGUACGGACGGUUGAUGUGUACGAUGGCGUGAAGGACCAGUGGACGUCCAUAGCCAGCAUGCAGGAAAGACGAAGCACUUUAGGCGCAGCUGUGCUCAAUGAUCUCCUGUAUGCAGUGGGCGGCUUUGAUGGCAGCACCGGUCUGGCAUCAGUUGAGGCCUAUAGCUAUAAAACCAAUGAGUGGUUUUUUGUGGCUCCCAUGAACACAAGAAGAAGCAGUGUUGGAGUUGGAGUUGUGGAGGGUAAGCUCUAUGCUGUGGGGGGUUACGAUGGAGCGUCCCGUCAGUGCCUUAGUACCGUCGAGCAGUAUAACCCAGCCACGAACGAAUGGACCUAUGUAGCCGACAUGAGCACUCGACGCAGCGGUGCAGGUGUCGGUGUUCUGAGCGGGCUGCUGUAUGCUACAGGGGGGCACGAUGGUCCCUUAGUAAGGAAGAGUGUGGAAGUCUAUGAUCCAGGAACAAACACCUGGAAGCAAGUAGCAGACAUGAAUAUGUGUAGAAGAAAUGCAGGUGUGUGUGCAGUGAAUGGUCUCCUCUACGUGGUGGGAGGAGAUGAUGGUUCCUGUAAUUUGGCCUCGGUGGAAUACUACAACCCCAUCACGGACAAGUGGACGUUAUUACCAACCAGCAUGAGCACGGGGAGAAGUUACGCAGGUGUGGCUGUGAUUCACAAACCGUUGUGACACAUGGUCAAGCCAAUGCAAGGAGCAGAAGUGCAGUGGAUCCAGCUAGGGUGGUGUUGGGAAGAUGACUGACCUCUGACUUGACCCAUCUCAUUGCUGUUAACGUCUCAGCAUGACAAGUGAUACAUUGCAAACAUCAUCUGCUCUGCGGUGGAUUGCGUAGCAAAGCGAAAAUCCCUCUGGGGACAUGUUCUAUGCUAGACACAAGGUGUUGCUUGUUAUCUGUGGUGCAAUCAACUGUUCUUCUCAAUGGCUGGUGUCCUGAGAUAAACACUGUGCUUGAACUGCAGGCACUGAAUUUCUUGUGUGAAACAAAACUGCUACGUUUGGGCAUGUGAGUAAAAACGAACACUUCUGGAUUUCUUCACUACUGAUGCUCCGUGCACAUUAUCGGUUGAACUAUUUACUCACUGUGCCUGGAGGGUGGACUUUACUACUGGUGGUGGAAACUUCUGAGUACCAACCGAGAAAAGCAGUUGGCAGAAAUGGACUGGAACAGGGUGCUCUGGCUUGAGUGUGACGCUGUCUCAGUCAUACGUUUGUAUAUGCCACUGGACUACUGUAUGUAUCCCUGAAAUGCUUGUCGUAUGGUGGAAAUAAAUGCCAUGUGAUUUUUUUUUUUUUCUACUCGCCAUGAAUGCUGUUUGCUGUACGUGAUGGGACCUGCUGGGCAGUGCCUUCCCUGGGGCUGAAGUCUCGGCACCUGAACCACGCAAAACUUCGUGACCCCACAAAACGUGUGCUGCUCCGAUGGGCUUUAUUGCUCCUGUGAAACAAAUAUUGCUGGAAUAGAAAGUAUUCCAACCCAUGCACUUCAGCUGUGCUGAAAGCCCCAGUUCUAGCCCUGUCCAGCAUCUCAAUGCCAUUUCAUAAUAGAGUGUUUAGAUGUUAAAAGAAAUACCUCAUGGUGCCAUUAAUGUAGAGACAUAUACAGUGAGAAUCCUCUGUCACCCAAGCAGUGAUUAAUGAGCAAGGUAAAAUACUUUCAGUGUUUUAAUGCUUCCAGAGUAUGGAGAUUAAUCAGUGUCACUGUAAUUGCUAUUUUAAUCUUGCCCGUACUGAAGGCGUUCCUCUAUUAGUAUGAAGAAUUCAUAAGAUUAUUCAAAUCAGACAAAUCUAGAUCCAGCUGUAAUGUAGCUGUCUUGCUUACAUCCCAAAUUCUUAAAACUUUCUGUUUAGGAAGAUGUUUGACUUUAAAAUACCUUUUUGUGUCUCCUUGUGAGCUCUGGAAUGUUUCUGCAUACAGGGGUGGACCUCCCAAAAGACUCCCCAGCUAAAGAGAACUAAUGAAGAAAAAUAUUUUCUCACCUUUUGUGUUUUGUUUUGGUUUUUUUGUUUUUGUUUUUCCCUCCGUAGAUCAGCUGAGGCUUUCUGUAGCGGGCAGCUGGCCUGCAGGACAGAAUCUGCCCGUGUUACUGUCGAGCUCCAGCACUUACCACUGUUGUUCUGCUGGUUUCUUUCUCCAUAGAUCUCCUAUCAAAAAGACUCCACGUGACCUUCUACAGUAGAAAAAAAAAAUACUUAAAAAAUUAUUUCAGAGGGACCUAAGGCUACCUCACCUCGUGCAGCUUUUGUAGAGGAGUGGGUUACUUCUGUAAAUAAGUAGAUUUUUAAUGUUGGAGUUGACUCGGUCCUUGUAAGAUGGGUGCCUGCUCACUGUGGGGAAAACAGCUCCUACCUUUGUUGUGUUACCUCCCACAGAGGGGGCUGACCUUCGUGGGGAACGUAGCACCCACUCCUCUUUGCAUGUUCUUGUUUUUACAAACAAAAGCAAACUGUCCAAAGAAAUGGCAGUAUUAUUCUUGAUGUCUACCCUUCCAUUGUACGUCAGCUCAGAGGUCUUGAAAAUAAUAAUGAAAAAAAAUCAGUCUUUUCUAUAAUACCCUUUAAACCUUUUGCUUUGGGUUCUACAAUCUGCAGUGAAACGUGCCAAAACAGUAGUACGACAUGCUGCUCUCUUACAAGGUGUUGCUUACUGUAAAAGCUAUUGAGGCUGGUAGGAAUGUAUCCCUGACUGCAGCUGCCUUCGGAUCAGAGUCCCGAGAUGCAUCUUUACAGUGGCAUAAGCAAGAUGAUGCCUUGGUUUGGACUGACUCAAAUUCACUGCCCCAAAAGCAAACGCCAAAAGGUGUUUCCCUUUCAUGCAGCCUGUGGGAAUAGAGGAUAAAAUGGGACAGGCGAAGCGUUGUGGUCGCAGUUAGCAUCUCUUGUUAGGCUGAGAUGGCUGGACAAGGGUGGACAAGCGUUUGGGCGCGCAUGGCCCUCGUUAGGUCUGGUAUAGACAUAGGGAAUGUAAAGCUAAAUAGCUACUAUACGGCCCAACUGCAGCUCAAUAGUUGGGAACAGUUACCAGCUAACCUUCUCGCACUCGUAGCAUCGCUGGAGCAAAGGCAAAUAUUACCCAGAGACUAAGAGUCUAUGUGGGCUAGAGAUAAAAACUGGUAGGUAGCGCUGGAGAGAUGCAUGUUUGAAAUUUGCCGUGUUUGUCAGAUGUCGGGAAAGGUGAAUAUACCUGAAAGUUGGAUAAUUUUUCCCCUGCUAUACAUCUCUUUAUAAACCUUCCUUGCUUACAAGGAAAGCAGUUUUUGGUGGUUUUUUCCUGCUAUUGUAAAAUGGCAUUUCUGCCCACUGCUGGCCCAGACCCGCAGCUCGCUGGACAGGGCUAGGACUCGCAGCCCUUGCCAGGGACGAGUGAUGGUGUUCCUGGCUGCAGCCAGUUCUUCUCGAUGGCAAAUGACACGUUUCCUUCUUUCCUUCUCAAACAUUGCAGUGUUAUGCAAGUCAAGUGACCUCGUUUUCCAGCUAUGCAAUAUGAACAACCGUAACGUGUGACAAACCAGCUGUAUCCCCCCCCUUGAAAUGCUUUUUGAAUUUGUCCGUCUUUGGCGUGUGGUUUCAUGUUUGUAUUGUUAAUUCUGAGCACCUGAGCCAGAUCCUUUAAAGAUUGCCUUUUUCUAGGACUGAAAACGUAGCAUUAGCGCUAACAAAUUUUACUGUAAAUAUUUUUAUAAGACUUUUAAAUAAUUUUUUGGAUCGCUUUUUAUGGUCAUCAAUGACGCUUCUGUUAAAUUCUGGAUCUAAUUCUUACACUCCAGUGCGGUUUUUGCUGGCCAUGAUGUAGGUGUGAAUCUGUGUGUUUUCUGCACAAGAAAUUAAAUGUUGUAACUAAGAUCUGGGAUAGCUCUUAUGUUGAUUCUAACAUAUUAGAAGGACAGCAUUGGGCUCAACAUUAUGAGAUAAAUUAAAAUCCAUUACCUCAGUCACCAGUACGCUCUUAGAUUAUUAGUUAUUUUACAACAAUUUCAAUACUCUGAUUUAAUGUUCUUGUGCCGUGUGUUUGCUUCCCGGUCAGCUUGGUGGACAGGCUGUCUCUCGGCGGUUUCGCUUCUCGGCUCCUGCGUGAGCGCGGUGCUGCUUGAAGAUGGAGGAUGCCAUGUACACAGCAGCGCACGCGCGUGUGCAAACCCCCCAGGCUGCCAAAACCAGUGAAAUUAUUGCGGGAGGUUUUGUAAAAGCUUUACAAACCGAACUCAGGCUACUUCCUCGCAAUGGUCCUUUGUGAAUAUGAAGGCUUUCCUCGGCUCUCUUCUGUAGUCGGCUCUUUUUGGGGGUCACCACGUGCAGACCCCCUGCGGGAUUCUGGCCGUGGGUUUCCCACAGGUGACUCUGCUCUUGCGGAGAAAGCAUGCCUGGGGAUGCGCACCCACAGAACCCAACAGCGUCGCGUGUGGGUACACACACUGCUGGGUUUGCAAAACAGGCAAGCAUAUGUAAAGCAGGAUAGAUUUGUCUCAAGCAAUCUGUUGUUUAAACAAGUUUGAAUCAAGUCCAUCUUUUCCAUUUGUGCCUAAUAGAUAAAUUGGGGGUGAUUAAAACCAAUUUUCAGUUCAUUCAGUUUAUCCAAAUACUUUUUUGUACAGAUGUGUACAGCACUGUAAUUACCGUAAAUAUACUUGGCAGCAUUUGCAUAACCACCAUGAAAGCUUAAUACUGUUCUCUCAUUUGCAGUGUUUGGAGACCAAAAUCCUUAAUAUCCAGCGAAGUGUGAUGCCUAUUCAUCAAGCUAACACGAUGGUUCAGCAGAUAAAUGCAGCUUGUUUUUUAACCUUUGGGAUUCGUUACUAAUAAAAUGUAGUAUCAAAGCAGUUGCCCCCUUGGCUUAACAUCAUGCCCGCUAAUCACAUUCACAUGAGCGUGAUUUGUUGCUCAAAGCUACAGCAUCUGGGAGUGUGUUUGACAUUGUAGUCUGCAAAUGAGUGAAUUUACUUUUUUUCCUCUGCUCUUAUUUUUGUUUAUGGGUUUAUAAAUUAUUUUCCUCUACAGUGACAAUAAAUAAAUAUUGAGAAUUUUAGUUUGUAUAUUUUAUGCAUAAAAAAAACCCUUUAAGAAAAAUGGAUGAUUGUGAAAUAAUUUACCUGGGUGUGGAAUUAUUUGUUUUUGUAAAACAGACUUUGUUGGUUCAGUAGCUGACAGUAUAAUGUAAUGAGUCGGUUGACUGUUUAAGCUAAUUUUUCUAAUUAAAGAUUUUUUGCAUGAGUGUGAAGGACCAAGGACUUUGCAAAGUAAUUCUCUCAACAGCUGUCUUGUCCAGUGCAAUGAAGGACUCAAGAAACAUUCUUCACUGGCAUAUUUAUAUUAUAAAAGAAAAUCACGUUGUAGUUCCCCAUCCUUUAAUUUGAAUAAA